ACUUCCACGGCCGUCCCGGCCGCUCGCCCCAACCCACCAUCUCCGGCGUCGUCGCGCAAGGUGGCAAAAGCCUCUGCUUCCUCUGCGCCCUCCUCCCGGCCCCGGCCGGUCGACCCAUACUACGGACAUGAGGAGACCGCCCUGUUGUGUGCACGCUUUAUCAGCUCGCUGUUCCAGUGCCCCAACAUUCCCAGCGCUACCCACCCAGGUGCGCCAACGCCUUCGUUGGCACACUUUGUCGCAUACGCCCUUCACCGCACGCGUCUUCCAUCCGUCGUCACCUUUGCGGCCCUCUUGUUGUUGCAGCGCCUCAAGACUCGCUUCCCCGCCGCCCGUGGGUCAUCAGGGCACCGUCUCUUCAUCUCGGCAUUUAUGAUCGCAUCAAAGGUCAUUUGCGACGACACGUACUCGAACCAGUCGUGGUGCAUUGUCGGACAAAAGAUGUUCCAGCUCAAGGAGAUCAACCAGAUGGAGCGCGAAAUGUGCGGCUACCUCGAGUGGAACCUCAACGUAUCCGGCGAGGACGUGGCUCAGUUUGAGAGCGAGGUUCGCCUUGAGCACGGGCCACGAUCCAGCAUGCGUCUGUCUUCUGCCGUGCCCGAGGCACCUCUGAGCGUCGCGUCCAUUCCUCACUCGGCGGCCGCUGCCGCCGCGUACCCCUCUCCCGAGGCUACGCCAAAUGUUGCCGCUGCGCGGCCCAUUCGCCCCGUGCCAACACCAUUGUACAAGCGCUCCCACAAUGCUUUUCCAUCCCCAACGUCGUCGGCACGCAACCCAUACCUCAACGUCUCCCCUCAGCCUCCAGCACUAGCCUCGGCUUCUUCGUCGCUUGCGUCGUCGCCCGCUUCAGAGGACUGCAAGACGCCUUCACCAGUGGCAAUGGUCUCAAAGCCAAAGCGGCCAUCAUCCAUGCGCAGC